AUGUCCUCCGGCAUUGUAUCACGUCUGCUGUCGUCCACAGCUGCCGCCUUCGACUCUCGAAUAAUUGGCCAAGCAGCUACCGCCUUGACUGGAAAAGCUGCGGUGCUUAAGAAUGAUGCCCAAGAGUCACAUUUUUAUCCCACCCUUAUCGACACGUUCGGGAGGCGACAUAAUUAUUUACGAAUAUCCCUCACGGAGAAAUGCAACCUACGCUGUUUUUACUGUAUGCCAGAGAACGGCGUUGAACUAUCUCCUAAAGCGCAUAUUCUCGCUGAUGAUGAGGUCAUCAGAUUAGCUUCCCUUUUUGUCAGAAGGGGCGUCACCAAGAUCAGGCUGACAGGAGGCGAGCCGACUGUGCGAAAGAAUCUAGUAGAGCUUGUAGGUCGUCUCAAUGAAUUGCGAGCUUUGGGGUUGCGAUCCAUUGGGAUCACGUCAAACGGCAUCGCCUUACACCGCAAGUUAUCAGCCCUGGUGGAUAACGGCCUUACGCACCUGAAUUUGAGUCUCGACACCCUCGAUCCUCAAAAGUUCCAACUCAUCACACGCCGAACUGGGCAUGAUGCUGUGCUCAAAUCACUGAUGACUUCCUUGGAUUCCCCAGGCAUCGAGGCAGUGAAGCUCAAUGUGGUUGUCAUGCGAGGAAUCAAUGAGGACGAGGUUUUGGACUUCGUUGGUCUCACAAAAGAGUUGAAUAUAGCAGUUAGGUUCAUUGAAUUCAUGCCCUUUUCAGGCAACAAAUGGAGUCACAAUAAGAUGGUACCGUCUGCUGAUCUGCUCAGGAGAAUCAGCGAGCGGUGGCCUGAGACAGAGGCGGUUUAUCCUGGGGAGCCGAAUGGAACUGCGAGAAUGCAUCGGAUUCCCGGUUACUCUGGCUCAUUCGGCUUCAUCAGCAGCAUGUCGGAUCACUUCUGCGGAACGUGUAACAGACUUCGAAUAACUGCGGAUGGUAUGAUUAAGGUAUGCCUUUUUGAUCCCAAAGAAGUAUCCCUGCGUGAUAUCAUGCGCAGCGGUGGUAGCGAUGGAGACUUAGAAACUGCCAUUGGACUUUCUGUCAAGGAUAAAAAAGCGAAACACGCCGGAAUGGAAAAUAUAGAUGUCGUUCAUAAUCGCCCCAUGAUAUUGAUAGGAGAGAGCGAUGUGCUUGGUUUGACACAUAUGGAUGAAUCUGGAAAACCUAGGAUGGUUGACGUGGGCGGGAAGGCUAUCACUAGCCGCCUGGCUGUUGCCACAGGGUCUAUCAUCAUCCCAGCCCAUGCUCUGGAUCUAGUCACACCACAUACACCUGAUCUUUCAACUUCCUCUUUCGUACGGCGACAUUCUCGCUGUGCCCAACUUGCUGGGAUAAUGGCUGCAAAAGCUACCUCAUCCCUUAUCCCGCUCUGUCAUCCAUUACCACUCACAUGCAUAAGCGUGAAUCUGCUGCCUGUUCCUGACGAGUUAAAGAUAGUUUCCGAGGCCCGUGUUUCUUGUGAUGGAAAGACGGGAGUGGAGAUGGAGCCUUACUGCUGUAUCUCUGUUGCGGGGAAGGAAAUGAUUAUUAGCGAUAUUAAAGUGGUACAUAAGUCAGGAGGGAAAAGUGGCGAUUGGACCCGUCCACACUGA